AAUCCAACCCGGAUGUUUGGCAGGAGCUGUCGGUUAGCAACAGCAGCUGCAGACAGGAUGCACAGACAGCUGUUGGACUGAAAACUCCAGGAAAAGGAUUUAACCUGCGCUUUUAGACGAACUACGCCGACAUGCGAGAGCGGCGUUUGCGCAUGUGCAGUACGUGACCGGUGUGCGGUGGCGACAGCGCUGACCGAUGAUGGAUUUUCCGGUUUAUUAUGAGGCGUGACACGGUGAGUGUAAUGUGAGUGGGUGGAGGAGACCAAAACACGAGAGGACACUUGAUUCAAACCAUGGAGACACUGUUAGACUUUGAGGAGUGCGUCCAAGACUCACCUGAGUUCAGACUGACUCUGGAUCAGUUUGAGGCGGAUGUUUCUAACCUGGAGACACAACUGGACAAGGUGAUGAAGCUCUGUGGUAAGAUGGUGGAGGCGGGGCAAGCGUACAGCGCAGCCAAUCAGCUGUUUCUGACCGGUCUGUCUGAGCUCUGCACCCCCCACAGAAAGGACAGCGUCAUCAGCAACUGUCUGGACCAGUUCAACCAGGGCCUGCAGGAGAUGGUCAGCUUUCACACUAUGUUGUUUGAUCAAACUCAGAGGGCGAUCAGUCAGCAACUGUCCAACCUCUGCACACGGUUCCUGCCCCAGCUGUCUGAGACCAGGAGGGAGUUCGUCCGUAUCGGAGAGGACCUGGAGACGGCGGCGCUGAAGAACGCUCAGGCGUCUCGUCACAAAGCCGCCGACGCCGAGCGGGCCAGUCACCUGCUGCUCGCCACGCGGAAAUGCCACCAGCACUUUGCCCUGGACUACUGUCUGCAGCUGAACGUGUUCAGAACUCAGCAGAGGAUCGACGUCCUGAACUCAGUGUUCUCCUAUGUCCACGCUCAGUUCACCUUCUUCCACCAAGGGUUCGACCUGCUCCGAGACCUGGAGCCCACCAUGAAGACCAUGGCAGCGCAGUUGUCUCAGCUGUCGACAGAAUGUGCAACGAGAAGAAAAGAGUUGGAAAACAAACAUCUACUGGUUCAACAAAGGGAUGCCUCAGGGGAACCGCUGCUGUCUCCGUGUCCCCACAGUGCUGAUAUUAUCCAGGGUUACCUGUUCAAACGUUCCCGGAGGAAAACCAAGACCUGGAAGAGAUGCUGGUUUUCAAUCAGAGACAAUCAACUCAUGUACAGGAAAUCACACAAGGAGGAGCCGGCGGUUCUGUUCCAGGAUCUGAGACUGUGUGCUGUUAAAUCUCUGGAUCACAUCGACCGUCGGUUUUGCUUUGAGCUGCUGUCUGUUCAGACGUGCUGUGCUCUACAGGCUGACUCAGAACAGCUGAAGCAGGCGUGGCUCGGUGCCGUUCAGGGCAGCAUCGACCUGGCGUACAGAGAGAAGGACGAGGCCCCGCCCACUCAGAUUAAAGAGCCUGUCGUCACUCUGUGUCCUGGCCACGCCGCCCCCGCCCCCCCCACCCACAGAGCGCCAGCGCUGGGCGUGGCCCUGAGUGUCCCUGGGAACCAUUGGUGCUGUGACUGUGGGGAGGAGGAGCCUCGAUGGGCGUCGGUCAACCUGGGGGUCACUAUGUGUAUUGAAUGCUCCGGCAUCCACAGGAGUCUGGGCGUCCACGUGUCCAAGGUGCGCUCUCUGACUCUGGACUCGUGGGACUCUGAACAGAUGAAGCUGCUGUGUAUUCUGGGAAAUGACGUCAUCAACCGUAUCUAUGAGGCGCGAUGUUCGGAGGAAGGACACGUUAAACCUCAGCCCGACAGCCCACGAGCCCAGAAGGAGGCCUGGAUCAAACAGAAGUAUGUGGAGAAGAGCUUCACCAACAGAACCGGCCCACACGGAUCCAAGUCUACCAAAGAGGAGGCGGGGCUUUGUCUGUAUCAGGCUGCGACGACAGGAGACCUGGUUGCCAUGGCAGCGGCGCUGGCCCAGGGGGCGGAGGUCAACGGGAGCAUAAGUACAGAGCAGGGUCGCACGGCGCUGAUCGGCGCCGCCGUAGGGGGGUCACUGUUGGCCUGCGAGUUCCUCCUGCAAAACGGAGCCAACGUCAACCACAGAGACCAGAGAGGACAAGGAGCGCUGCACACUGCUGCCACCGCUGGACACACCGGACAGGUGUGUCUGCUGCUGAAGAGAGGAGCCAAUCAGUACGCUGUGGACGAGAGAGGACACGACCCACUGGCCAUCGCCAUGGAAACAGCCCACGCUGACAUAGUUACACUACUUCGGAUGGCCAGGAUGAAUGAAGAGAUGAGAGAUUCAGAAGGAGUGUUUGGAGCUGUUGGAGAUGACGAGACGUUUCAGGACAUCAUCCGUGACUUCAGCGACAUGGCAUCACAUGAUCCAGACAAACUGAGCAGACGGCAGUUCAACCGCAGAACGGAGGAGGAGGAUGAAGAAGGAGGAGGAGGAGGGACCUCUGACCUCUAAUGAUCUUUAGGGUUCAGUCAAGUCCUGCUUAAAAACACGUCCUAUGACACUGCGUUUCCAUAGUAACGGUGUUCCAUAGUUACUGAACCUGCCCCUGAAUAUGAAUAUAUCACAGAUAUGGUUUAUUAAACCUGGGUUUAUAUAUUAUAUAACAGAACACAGUUAGAGCCUUUUAUGUUUAGUUGUUUCUCCAGUUGAAUUGGAUGUUUUUUCUUUAGUUACAUUUAUUUUCUGUCUUAAAGGGACAUAACCUGCUGCUGUCAUUUGUACUAAAAGUAUUAUUUUAAGGGGUUUUAGCCACUUUACUUUAGUCUAAUAUUCUGGUAAAACCAGAUUUAAUCCAGGACUCUGUUCAGUGACAUUAAAGUUGAGGUCAGAUCAUUGU